UUGUGUACACCAUAAAAACGCGUCGUCGAUUCAGGGUACACGCAUAUAUCCGCAUUUAGCUGAUUUUGUCUCGGGUCAUUUCAACAGGACACGAAGUUUUAACCUAAAAACCUCAUUUUGAAUUCAGCAGUCGGUACCAACAUGUCGAAGAUUUCAGGAGGAACAGUAGUUGAAGCCAAGGGAGAUGAAAUGACAAGGAUUUUUUGGGAAACGAUCAAAGAGAAACUGAUCCUGCCCUACGUGGACCUGGACAUCAAGAGUUUCGACCUGAGCAUACAGAACAGAGAUGAGACUGAAGACAGAGUGACUGUGGAAUGCGCAGAAGCCAUCAAAGAGCACAAUGUGGGAAUCAAAUGCGCAACGAUAACACCGGAUGAGAAGCGGGUCAAAGAGUUCAACCUGAAGAAGAUGUGGAAAUCACCCAAUGGCACGAUCCGUAACAUCCUGGGCGGGACAGUCUUCAGGGAAGCCAUCAUCUGCAAGAACAUUCCCCGAUUGGUGGUUGGCUGGAAUAAACCCAUCGUGAUUGGUCGUCACGCGCAUGCAGAUCAGUACAAAGCCACAGAUUUCGUCAUUCCCGGCUGCGGCAAGGUAGAGAUCAAAUUCACUCCGUCCGACGGCACCGAGGUCCUGAACUUCACCGUGCACGACUUCAAAGAUGGCGGCGGUGUAGCCAUGGCGAUGUACAACACCGACAAAUCCAUCCGCGAUUUUGCGCACUGCUCCAUGAAGUACGCGCUGGAGAGGAAAUUCACGCUGUACCUGAGCACCAAGAACACAAUCCUCAAGAAGUAUGAUGGUCGAUUCAAGGACAUCUUCCAAGAGAUAUACGACAGUGAUUACAAAUCCAAGUUUGAGGCAGCGGGGAUCUGGUAUGAACACCGACUCAUCGAUGACAUGGUGGCCUAUGCCAUGAAAUCCGAGGGGGGUUUCAUGUGGGCGUGCAAAAACUACGACGGCGAUGUGCAAUCAGACAGCGUAGCACAAGGGUACGGUUCUCUUGGCAUGAUGACAAGUGUAUUGGUUUGUCCCGACGGGAAGACGGUCGAGUCCGAGGCCGCACACGGCACAGUCACACGGCACUAUAGGCUACACGAGAAGGGCCAAGAAACGUCCACCAAUUCAGUCGCAUCUAUCUUUGCCUGGACACGAGGCCUCGCCCACCGCGCCAAACUAGACGGCAACGCCCAGCUGGCCAAAUUCGUCAAGGAUCUGGAGGCUUCGUGCGUGGAUACGAUAGAGGCUGGUUUCAUGACCAAAGACCUGGCCAUAUGCGUCAAAGGAAUGAACAGUGUGCAGCGCUCUGACUACCUGAACACUUUCGAGUUCAUCGACAAGGUCGCGGAGUUCCUGGGAGCGAAGAUCCAAAGUCGGCUGUAGCUGAAAUAGCGCAGGUAACAACAGCUCAAACUUGGCAACGUGCCAAGUUGUUUUUCUGGGAGCGGCUUUCUGAAAUCCGUUAUAUCAAAAUGAUACAUUCCAUUCAAUUGAUUUACAUCCAAAACUGCCAUGACCUCAAAAAUCUUUAAAAAAUCUUAAGACAAAUUGUAAAGUGGUAACUCAUUUGCUAUCGAAUUUUGCAAUUUCUGACCAAAACUCUGUCUCAAAGGCCAUAGCCAGUUCAGUACACAUGAGAAUGAAAGGACAUUUUUUUAUGUUAACACUACCUCCUGAGGUCAAAACAGGAAGAAAGCAUAUAUGCAAAUUCCUCCGUUAGGCCUAAUU